AUGUCGCGCGAACGCGACGGCGCGCCGGAACCUCUGUUCGCGCGUCGCGUCGUCGACCGCGCGCUCGAUCGCGCGCGCACGCGCAAUCCGAGCGAACGCGCGUGCGUGCGCGCGCCGGGGGCGAUCGCGCGCGCGCUGGAUCGAUGCGCGAGGGCGUUCGCGGAGGAGAGCGCGCGGGCGGCGGCGCUGCGAGACGCGCGAGCGCGCGCGAAGAGAGCGGCGACGGCGCGACCGGACGCGCGCGCGCUGACGGUGCUGCUGGGACAAGCGAUCGAGACGACGGAUCGACGACGGCGCGGGACGCUGGCGGCGAUCGCGGAGUGCGUGAGGGAGGGAAGGCGAACGGCGGAACGAUUGCGGGCGUUCGCGGAGGCGAACGAGUGGACGGCGACGGAGCUGGAGAGUUCGCGCGCGGAGGAAGCGCGGGCGAUCGGCGCGACGAAAAAGGCGCUGGCGAAGUCAGAGCGCGAAGCGUCGGCGGCGCUCGAGACGAUCGUCGGUGGAAAACGCGGAGGGAAGAGGAAAACGGACGCGGCGUCGGCGGACGCGGACGCGGCGCCGCGAACGCCGGGAGGGAAACGGCGCGCGCGAGCGGGACCGAGAAUCGUCGCGUCGAAACCGGCGGCGAGCGAGGAAACAGCGGAUGAUUCGGACGAGGAACCGAUGAUGACCGCGGAAGGGCCGCCCGAGGAGGAAUCGCCGGCGGCGACCGAGGUGACGCAACCGACGCAGCCGGCGAGCGACGAAGACUCCGACGGCGAACGCGCGUUGGAGACGCUCACGUCGCCGACGACGAAAAAUGUCGUGCAAAUUCUCAUGGAGAUGGAUCUGCCGAAUCACGGCGUUUCCAUCAGCGAGAGCCCGGAGAAGGACGAGGAUGAAAAUUGA